GAAACAGUCCUCUGCAGUUUGUUCAGUCGGUGUUUUGUCGUAUAGUGAUGCAAGCCGCUACAAAAUCCCCCUCCCUAGAUCGCUCUAACAGCCGCCACCCACUGCAGCAGAGAUCGCUUUCCUCCCAGUUGUCAGGAACGCAUGAAGGUGACACGGCAGUGACGUCUGCCUCGGGAAAGCCCUACCGCUCCUAGCAGACGGGACUCCGCAGCCGCACGGAUUUCAGCUCCGUCGCCCGAGAGUGAAGAUGACUGAUGAAGAGAUUCUUGUGUGUGCAGUACAACUUGGAGAAAAUUUCUGCCUCUAUUUUGCAGACGAUGAUGGGCUGGAAUGUGAUGCCUUUUGCAAGGAAAAAAGUCUCCACCGAGUCCUUCGAAAUGUAAAUAGCCAGCUGCUUGUGGUUCGACCAGAUUUAAACAUGGCAGCUUUUGAAGAUGUGACAGAUCAGGAGAUUAAAUCUGGCAAUGGAAUGCACUUCAACGUUCACUAUUACAAAACUACCACACCUUCGGCAGGGAUGCCUGUCGCGUUCAGUGUCCAGGUAGAGGAUAAAACUUACUACAUGUGUUGUGAGAAAGAAUGUGGAAAAAUGAUAGUUCGAUUUAGGGAAGGAGAAGUUCCCAAAGAAAUUCCUGGUGAAAGUAAUGUAAUUUUUUUCAAAAAGACAUUUACAUCUUGUAGCACCAGAGCAUUUAAGUUUGAAUACUCACUAGAACAAGGAAUGUUCUUGGCCUUUGAGGAAGAAGGCUGCUUAAGAAAACUAAUUCUAAAGAAACUGUCAAAAGAAGAUGAAGUGGAUGAAACCAUGAAGAUAAGUUUCUAACUAAAGUCAGAAUGAAAGUCACAGCCUAUGACAUACUUUUAACAGUCUUAAAAUAUAUUUUGGCUUUCUAUAAAAGAAAUCUUACCCUUUCUUCAUCUGAGGCAAGCCAGUUUUGUUUUUAGCUACCCUUAGUCAGUACAAAAAUGAGCUUCUUACAAAGGAAAAUAAAUUCAAAUUCUUGGCAAAAAGCAGCAGCAGAACGUCUUCUGCUCAGAUAGAAGGAAAGAGAAUUACACAAUGAAGAAACAAGAAUAUGCAUGCCUAUAUAGUUAUGUAUAGUUUGACCCCUAAAAUCUUUACUGCCUGUUGAUCAAACAGCUUUUGAAUUAGGUCUACUUCAUCUAUGAGACACCUAUUUUGGGGAGGGAGAAAAAACUGCCUAAAAUAACAGAUUUCAUAAGCACACCAUGCACCUGGCCAAUAAGCACUUUGAGAUUACUUUUUUGCAUCAAGAUUAUUUCUUGAGCAUCUUCAUCAAUCUCAGUAACACAGUGAUGUUCUCACCUUCAACUGAAGUAGGAACAACAGACAAUUUUUAACUUACUGGAAAUCUUUGCUUAGAAAACUGCCAAUUUACCUGAACAAUUCAAGUUCUAAUAAAGCUGUUUGUCCUCAAAAGGCCCAAGAAAAAAAAAGAAUCAUGCUUUUAUGUAAAGUAAAUGGUAGAUCAGUGAUGAAAUGAAACAGACAUUUGUCCUUCUAACAAUAUGGAACAAAUGUAGAUAUGGCUGGCUGCCAUGAGGACCCUAUCUUAUUCUGUGUAUGUGACAACAGAGCAUACAUUAGGGUCAAGCUGUGAACUCCAUUUCCCAGUCAGAGCUGAGCAAGCACUAGAUUUCACCAAAACCAAAAUUAAUGUAAUACAUUCUGACUGUUUCAUCUUGAAGAAAUUGAUAUGGCAUAUAUUAUUCUUUUCUUCCACAUAUAAACAUUGGUCUUCCUCUUCUAUUCCAACUCCAGGUAGUCAUAACCUGAACAUUGGUUGCAGCUAGGGUCCUGGGUCUUCAACUUGCCAUGCAGAAGAGCUGGUGCAAUUGUGAUACCCCAUACAGGCAGAAGUAAUCAGAGAAAACAGGAAGGCCUCUAUCUGUCAUGAAAGGGAGGAAAAUCCUCAAACUUGCCGAAUAGAUAAGACAAGUCUCAAGACUUGUUUUUGUAAAACCAGAACAAAUCUAUAAUUUCAGAGGCUUUAAAAAAGCAGAGAAACAUGAAACUGCUGUGAUAGCUCUGUCUCAAUUUUUCAUGUUAUGCUGCCCCUGCCAUUUCACCUAUCUAGCUGCUACAGGAGCACCUAGAGGCAAUAAGAAACCAAUUAUUUAAAAUCCAGUACAGCCACCACUGAGUGCACUAUUGCUUAGGAAUAAUUUACCAGAGGGGCUUAAACUCAAGAAUGUAUUUAACACAUCUGGAUACUCAGUAUGACUGAGUCCCAGUUUUAUAUGCGUGAUGAACGUUCAAAAAUGGGAUUAGACCAAAUGGUUAAAGCCAUCACAAUAAUUCAGAACAAAAGUUAGCGGUAAUUACAGGGAACUGAUUCAGUUUCAACAGGACUGAGGAACACAUGCCAUUCAUUGAGAAAGCUACGGUCGUUACCUUCUAAUUCUUGCCUCAAACCCACAAUGAACUGGUCUCAGAGUUGCUAGCCCCCAACAUCGUAGGUCCAGAUGACCACACUCCCAGAGCUCUUACAUAACUCAUUUCCCACACGGUAUCUUAAACAAACACCACAUUCAGAUGCGUCUUGUGUUUAGUCUCAAAAGAGGAAAUGUCUAACACUUUCUAUAAAGCAUGCUCAGAU